AUGCCCACAGGUGGCAGGGACAUCCCUGUGAGGCUGGAGGAUGUGACCAGGACACAGGGGACGAACUCACCCUUUGGUACCCAGAGGCCAGGGACGCCCGUGAACCGCAUCCCCAUCAUGGCCAAGCAAGUGCUGGACCUCUACACACUGUACCGUCUGGUGACAGACAAGGGUGGCCUGGUCGAAGUCAUCAACAAGAAGAUCUGGCGGGAAAUCACCAAGGGCCUCAACCUACCUACCUCCAUCACCAGCGCUGCCUUCACCCUCCGCACGCAAUACAUGAAGUACCUGUAUCCCUACGAAUGUGAGAAGCGGGCGCUCAGCUCUCCUGGGGAGCUCCAAGCUGCCAUCGACAGCAACCGGCGGGAGGGACGGAGGCAGACUUUCGGCACGGCGCUCUUCAACUACUCGCCGGCCGGCACCCCAGCCCUGCUGGGCUCCCCCAAAAUGCCUCUGCCUGCUCUCAGCCUCUCCACGCACAGCUGUGGCCAGCUCGGACAAGUGCACGCCGUUAAGAAAGAGGACGGCGUGCUGGCAGCGGCAGUGCCAGGCCGCAUCGCUAUACCGCACCAGCGGCGGGUGCAGCAUGCACUGCAGCACCAGCUCCUGGCCGUGGCCUCCCAGUUCCCCAUGAACGUCAAGAUCUCCAGCCGAGAUGACAGACAGGAGACCGCAUUGAACCUGUCCACCAACGGCAUUAGCAGUAUCAACAUGUCAAUAGAAAUAAAUGGAGUUGUCUACACAGGUAAAUAG